CAUUCCGAUUCCUUUUUCAGCUGUUCGCGUCGUGAACUGGCCGCCGAAUGGGGACGCGUACCAAUCAAUUCAACUGAUAAGUCGAUUGAAAGAAAAAAGAUCAAAUGUUUAUUCCAAAUGAGUUGACAAGACGGCAACUUGACACAGACGUUUCCUUCGAUUUUUUUUUCUCGUCGAGCCGAAUAUCUCCAUGGUGACGAUGAGCCAAUUUAUAUUUAUUUUUCGGUAACUGAAAAAAAAUUGUAUCUAUUAUUGUUAUUAUUUAAUUGGAAAAACUGCCCGACGAGCGAUUUGAUGACAUGGAAAUUCUCAAAGACGGCUUAAAGAAGGUGCUUGCAUCAUUCUCGGAGACAGCAAUAUCAGAAAUCCGGAGCUAUGAAUCUGAGGUCGAAUAUUUCAAUAAAUAUUACUACGAAUGGAAACAAGACAAAUCGUAUUUGACCAAUCCUACAUACAAGUAUAUUCCAGUGUUCUACCAGCCUCCCAAUGAAGAAGAUGAUGGAUCGUUACCUGCCAAAUUGAAAGAAGAAGCUCGAUCACUUUUCUUACAAAGGAAGAGGAAAGCUUUGCUGGACAACAACGAGCUGAAAACGUUGUGUAUUUUGUUAGAUCAACAUCAAAGCCCUCCGACAAUGAGUGAUGAACAGCUUAUUAAUUAUGAUGACCUGAAGAAAGUUUUGCAGAGGAGUUCAUGGAAAUGCCGGUCUUAUUUUUCAUCUACACUCUUUGCCCAAUUGCAAAUCGGUGAUAUUUAUAAUAGAGUUGGCAUUAUGUCUCUACUUAACUAUGCUAUGAGGAAGACGUGGCUUCAUCAGUCUCGAAUCGGACUCUCUUUAUAUGAUACAUGUGGAAAAGGUUAUUUAAAGGAAUCAGAUUUAGAAAAUUACAUUUUGGAAUUGAUUCCAACCCUUCCGCAACUCGACGGCUUGGAGAAAUCGUUUCACAGUUUUUAUGUUUGUACAGCUGUGAGAAAGUUUCUGUUUUUCUUAGACCCAAUGAGAACAGGAAAAAUAAGAAUACAAGAUAUAUUGGCGUGCAGUUUCUUAGAUGACUUGCUCGAGUUAAGAGAUGAAGAUAUGCCUAAAGACUUGCAAGAAGCCAAUUGGUUUUCAGCACCCUCGGCACUUCGUGUUUAUGGACAGUAUUUGAACCUUGAUAAAAAUCACAAUGGAAUGCUGAACAAAGAAGAACUAGCAGGACUUGGCACUGGUACCCUGACGAGUGUAUUCUUAGAGCGGGUGUUUCAAGAAUGUCUUACGUACGAGGGAGAGAUGGAUUAUAAGACGUAUUUAGAUUUCGUUCUAGCCCUGGAAAAUCGACAUGAACCUCAAUCUUUGCAAUAUUUAUUUCGAAUAUUGGAUAUCAACGGCAAAGGCUACCUUGACACAUUCUCUCUCAACUAUUUCUUUAGGGCUAUUCAAGAGCAAAUGCAUAAAAACGGCCAUGAACCUGUGAGUUUUCAAGAUGUCAAGGAUGAAAUGUUCGAUAUGGUCAAGCCUGCUGAUCCGACUAAAAUAACACUACAAGAUCUUUUAAACAGCGGACAUGGUGAUACAUUGAUAAGUAUUUUAAUCGAUUUAAAUGGUUUCUGGUCUCAUGAAAAUAGGGAAGCAAGAGUUAUUGAGGAGCCAUCAGACAUUUAAUUAAUAAAACUGUAAUUAAUAUUUA